AUGGCUGAAAAAGCAGUAGAAGAGGAGGAGCAUAACGUAGUGGUGGAGCUGGGUUCAUAUAAAGGGAAAUUGAGAGUGAUAAAUAGUUGUAAUGAUUCUGAAGAUUCUGUAGCGGAGGAGAUUAUGCUUCUGUGGGGAAUUCAACAGCCCCUUCUGUCCAAGAACAACGCCUUUGUCGCCCAAUCCUCUCUUCAACUCCACAUUGACGCCUGUGGCCGAUCUCUCUCCAUUCUCCAAUCCCCUUCGUCUUUGGGCACUCCUGGAGUAACUGGUUCAGUGAUGUGGGACAGCGGUGUAAUUCUGGGAAAGUUUUUAGAGCAUUCUGUGGAAUUAAAAACAAUUUCACUUCAAGAGAAGAAGGUUAUCGAGUUGGGCUCGGGCUGUGGAUUAGUUGGCUGCAUUGCAGCUCUAUUGGGUGCUCAAGUUAUUCUGACCGACCUACCAGAUAGGCUGAGGCUGUUAAGAAAAAAUGUUGAAACUAAUCUAUAUGGAGAAUUACGAGGAUCUGCAACAGUGAAUGAGCUCACAUGGGGAUAUAAUCUGGAUCCAGAUUUGAGAGAUCCUUCACCAGAUUAUGUGCUUGGCUCAGAUGUAAUAUAUAGUGAGGAAGCAGUGAUGGAUUUGUUGGAAACACUUGUCGACCUCUGUGGUAGAGAGACAACGAUUAUUUUGGCCGGAGAACUUCGUAAUGAUGCUAUCCUAGAAUAUUUCCUGGAAGCUGCUACGAAAGAGUUUAUUGUUGGGCGGGUUGAUCAAAAUCAGUGGCAUCCAGAAUACCGCAGUUUGCGUGUUGUGAUUUAUGUUUUGGUUAAAAGAUAG